CUACAUCGAUCUUCAUCCACACUCAACCUUCUUCACUGUCUGUGUCAGUGACAGUCCUGCAAUAAAUAUGACUUCCUAUCGUGCAAGCUCAGUUAAACUCCAAAGCAGCUCCUUCGGGUCAAGCUCCGGUGGUAGCUAUGGAGGCAGCAUUGGUGGUGGCUAUGGAGGCAGCAUUGGUGGUGGCUAUGGAGGCAGCAUUGGUGGUGGCUAUGGAGGCAGCAUUGGUGGUGGCUAUGGAUCCAACGUUAGCAGCGGCUAUGGAGGAGGCUUUGGUGGUGGAGCAAGCAGCGGGUUCUCCGUCAGCUCUAGCAGUGGUUUUGGGGGGGCAUCAGUUAGCAGCGGCUUUGGAGGUUUUUCCGGAAACGACAAACAAACAAUGCAGAACCUGAAUGACCGUCUGGCAUCUUAUCUGGAUAAAGUGAGAGCCUUGGAGGCAGCUAACGGUGAUCUGGAGCUGAAGAUCCGAGAGUGGUACGAGAAGCAGCUUGCUGUGGGUGCCUCUGCAAGUGGCAAAGAUUACAGCAAGUACUUUGAAAUCAUCCAGGAUUUGAGGAACAAGAUUCUUUCUGCCACUAUUGACAACUCCAGAGUUGUUUUGCAAAUUGACAACGCAAGAUUGGCUGCUGACGAUUUCAGGCUGAAGUAUGAGAACGAGCUGGCUCUCCGCCAGAGCGUUGAGUCUGAUAUCAACGGACUCCGCAAAGUCCUGGAUGAGCUGACCCUGACCAGAGGUGACCUGGAGCUCCAGAUUGAGGGCCUGUCCGAAGAGCUGGCUUACCUCAAGAAGAACCACGAAGAGGAGAUAAGCAUUGCAAAGGGCAGUGCCGCUGGCCAAGUGAAUGUAGAAAUGGACGCUGCUCCAGGUGUGGAUCUGACCAAGCUUCUGAAUGAUAUGAGGGCAGAUUACGAAGUCCUGGCUGAAAAGAACCGCAGAGACGCAGAGGCAUGGUUCAACCAAAAGAGCGGUGAACUGAAGAAGGAAAUUUCAGCCGGUGUGCAACAGGUGCAGACAAGCAAGACCGAAAUCUCUGACUUGAGGCGCACUCUUCAAUCCUUGGAAAUUGAGCUCCAGUCUCAACUGGCAAUGAAAAAAUCCCUUGAAGACACUCUUGGCGAGACAGAAUGCAGAUAUGGAGCUCAGCUUCAACAGCUCCAAAUCACCAUAAGCAACCUAGAAGAACAGUUGAUCCAGCUCAGGUCUGACAUGGAAAGACAGAACUUGGAGUAUCAGCGGCUCCUAGACAUCAAGACCCGGCUAGAGAUGGAAAUUGAAACAUACCGCCGGCUGCUGGAGGGAGAGCUGGGCCAAUCCUCCUUCUCCGUUAGCAAGUCCUCAUCCUCCUCAUUGUCUACCAGCAAGGUUUCUACACAGUCAACAACAUCCUCUGUAGACUCAAAGAAAGAUCCAACCAAAACCAGAAAGGUGAAGACCAUUGUUGAGGAAGUCGUAGACGGAAAGGUUGUUUCAUCCAAGGUAGAAGAGAUUGAAGAAAACGUGAACUAAACUUAAAUGAAGAAUCAGAACACAGAAGGGACUGCAUUCUUUCAGAGUCUUCCAAACAACCAUAACCUCAUUUGCAUGGAAGAUUUUUAAAAAAAAUGUGAUUCUUAUCUGUUUCAAUAAAUACAUUUCUGCAACUUUUAA